AUGGCAUCUACUAAUGUUACCUCAAGUCUGCGGAGACUGGCCAGUGUGACCUCUCACUUUUCACCCAUGAGGCCGUUCAGCUCACAAGCCCACCUAAAUAGGAAGACGUACGCUCUGAAUACGGGAGACAAGAUUCCAGCCAUUGGACUUGGAACCUGGCAGUCCCAGCCUGGUGAAGUUGAGAAGGCCGUUGAGGUUGCCUUGAGGAAAGGGUACCGUCACAUUGACACAGCGCUUGCAUACGGAAACGAGGCUGAGGUCGGUCUUGGCAUCAAGAAUUCUGGUGUCCCAAGGGAGCAGAUCUGGCUUACUACCAAGCUCGACAACCCAUGGCACAAGCGCGUUCAAGAGGGGAUUGACUCCUCUUUGAAGUCGCUGGGUGUCGAUUACGUUGAUCUAUAUCUCAUUCAUUGGCCAUGCUCUAGCGACCCCACCGAUCUGAAGAAGCACCUCCCAGAUUGGGACUUCAUCAAGACAUGGCAAGAGAUGCAGAAGCUGCCUGCCACUGGCAAGGUAAAGAACAUUGGAGUCUCCAACUUUGGUAUCAAGAACCUCGAGAAGUUGCUCAAUGACCCGUCUACCAAGAUCGUCCCAGCAGUAAACCAAAUCGAACUCCAUCCCAACAAUCCCUCUCCAAAGCUCGUCGCCUACAACACCUCCAAGGGAAUCCACAGCACCGGUUACUCGUGCCUAGGCUCCACCAACUCCCCCCUCUACAAAGACGAGACACUGCUCACUCUAGCCAAGGCCAAGGGCAAGACUCCCCAGCAAGUGCUUCUUGCAUGGGGUAUCCAGAAGGGCUGGUCCGUUAUUCCCAAGAGUGUGAACAAGGAGCGUGUUGAGACAAACUUCGAGCUUGAUGGGUGGAGUUUGACGGAUGAGGAGAUCAAGAAGCUGGAUGGCCUGCCAGAUCGAUUCAAGGUGUGCGGUGAUGAUUGGUUGCCCAUCAAGGUCUUCUUCGGGGACGAUGAAUGA